GAGAUCAAACAAAACUGAGUACUAGUGUCGUUUUGACGAACCUGUAAAAACGCCAAAAAUCGUUUCUUGGCCUGAUGCUAUCCUCGAAGAAGGCUGUGAAUGGCUGCCGCUCUCCCCGCCGUUCAGCCUCCUCUCGCUUCAGCUUCAGCAAGGCUUUCCGCCACAUAUCAUCGCAAUCUACGAUGCCGCCUUUCCAUCCGAAACGGAAACCCUAGAAGUCAUCUGAAAGUGCGAGUGAUGGCAUUCGCUGAUGGGAAUGGGCGGAAUGGGCGAGGCGAGGGCGGAGGAGAAGAUCUAAACAAGGGGGAACGCCGACCUGGAUUCAAGCUCAGGUGGAGGGACCUCCUAGACCCGGAUCCCGAUAACAUCCUGGCCGUCGGAUUGACGGGUGUGCUCGCUUGGGCCAGCGUCCAGGUCCUCUGGCAGCUCUUCUUUAUCUCAGUAGCCAUCUUGCUCGCUGCUCUUAAGUACUCCUUCAUCGCUGCUCUGCUUCUCUUCAUUCUGAUCACCCUCCUCUGACGCAAAGGCAAAAAAGAAAUAAAAAAAAGAAACCUUUCUUUUUUCAAACAUUUUUAGUCACGAAUUCCCUCUUUUGGAUAACUUUCAUCUGUGUAAUUCUAUUGAAUGUGGUGUUAGUGAUUCGUGUAUAUGUAGAUCGGAUGCUUUCUAUGGAAAUGAAAGAAGAAGGAAUUAUACA